UUAAACGUCACUUUCCAGAUUAGUCAUUACUUCAGUAACAAUUUGUCCAGUGUCUACUGACAUGGGGAAAUUGCUGGUCCUAUCACUAUUCAUUCUUGUCCUUGCAGUCUUUAUUGGAGAGCGAUACGUAAAAUUAAAGCACUUAAGUCUUGCCACUAGAGAAGUUAAUCGGAAAGAUCUUCCCAACUGCCGGCCACUUCAGGGCAUAGACUAUGGAGCGGAGGAUAUCACUGUACUUAAGGAUGGACUGGCCUUCUUAAGCACUGGCUUGAAGUAUCCAGGUUUGCCAUCCUAUUCCGAUGAUCCAGGAAAGAUCUAUACUGUGGAUCUACUGGAGCCUGGUUUGAAUCCUGUGGAGCUACGCAUUGAUGGAGAGUUUGACCGUUCUUCUUUCAAUCCACAUGGGAUCAGCGUGUACACAGACAAAAAGGAUGGCUCCAUUUACUUAUUUGUUGUAAAUCAUCCCGAAUACAAAAGUCAGAUCGAGAUUUUUAAGUUUCAUGAGCAGGAAAAUGCCAUUGUUCAUAAGAAAACCAUUAAACAUGAUCUCCUCCACAGUGUAAAUGAUAUAGUGGCAGUAGGCACUGAGAGUUUCUACGCCACAAAUGACCACUACUUCUCCAAUGAUAUGCUGAAACUUGCGGAAACCCUGCUCACCCUGCCCUGGUGUAAUGUAGUUUACUACAGCCCAGAGGAAGUGAAGGUAGUGGCUCAAGGCUUCUAUUCAGCCAAUGGCAUCAACAUCUCGCCUGAUAAAAGGCACAUAUAUGUAUCUGAUAUUUUGUAUCAUAAGAUUGUUGUCAUGGAGAUAGGAGAAAGUUCUACACUGACACAUGUUAAGGAAGUUGGAGUGGGAUCUCUGUGUGACAACAUUGAAGUUGACUAUGAAACAGGGGACCUGUGGCUGGGCUGUCACCCAAAUGCGGCCAAGUUCAUGGCAGGUGAUCCCAAAGAUCCCCCAGGAUCUGAGGUUAUUCGCAUUCAAAAUAUCCACUCGGAGAAGCCAGCUGUAACCCAGGUGUAUGCUGAUGACGGCAGAGUGAUCAUUGGAUCCUCCGUGGCAGCUCCCUAUGGAGGAAAGCUUCUCAUUGGAAGUGUCUAUCACAAAGCCUUAUGCUGUGACCUGAAGUAGCUCAUCUCAGCCAUAACUGAUCCAAAUCUGAGCUGAUGUCAUAUUUGAGCAAUAUUCAUAUCGUGUCCUCUUAAUGUCGUUUCUCAGUGACCCUCGUAAAGCAGUGAGCUGGAACUGUUAAAAAAAAUAGACAACUGUAUAAUAAACAAAUUUUGUAAAUCAAAAUAUUCUACCUACAAAGGACAAAACUCUGGUGUUAAUUGUGGUAUAAUUAGAGCUGUUAACAUAGUCAGAGUUUAUAGGAAAUUUAUCUUAAUGCAGACCAUUUUCAGCUGUCAUUGCAAAAAAAAAAAAAGAAAAACUUCCUCUGGAGUUAUGGAGUGGUUCCCUAAGUUUUAAUCCCCUGACUGUGAUACAGAUUAUUACUGGUUAUCAUCAGAUUGUUAAACAGAUUAUUGUUGGUUAUCAUCAGAAGACUACUAUUAUACUGAACAGCACUAGAGUCUCACCAGACUAGUACCUCUUUCUGAAAAGAAUGAAAGUAUGAAUGAAUAAAAGAAUAAAAAAGUUGCUGUAUUACUACUACAGCUAAUACUAUGAUGACCACCUUGA